CUACCAGCAGGAGGAAUCAAACCAGGAGGCAGGAGAGAGAGGAGCGUUUUCCGCAGCUCAGACCGCAGAGGACAAACACAAACUUUCACACAGCGAUCCCCCCUUUUCCAAAUCUGGAAUCAUCCACAGUCUUUCUCUGUGCGUGAAACGUGAUUUCUUUUGUUUUCCUUUCCUGUUUUGACGCAUAUCACUGGGAAUGAUUCAUUAAGCCAUGGUGAAAGGGGAUAGAUUUUGCGGAAUCCGCGCUUUCAUCUGUGUUUUCCUCCCAAACUUCCCCACGCAGAGGGGAAACUGAGCUGGAUCUGCUUCUGCGUCCAAGUAACUUAGCCAGAGGAAUUCCUGCAUACUGACUUCUUUCCUGCGUUGAAUGAUGUUGGGGCCCAGACACCAUAACAGUCCUGCUCACUUCUGACCCAAAAAUGGAGCUGAAGGUUUGGGUGGAUGGCGUCCAGAGGGUUGUAUGUGGGGUCACAGAGGCAACCACCUGCCAGGAAGUGGUGAUUGCUUUGGCCCAGGCUAUUGGGCGCACAGGGAGAUAUACUUUAGUAGAGAAAUGGCGGGACACAGAGCGUCACUUAGCACCUCAUGAGAGCCCUGUGGCAUCUUUAAACACCUGGGGUCAGUAUGCUGGUGACGUCCAGCUAAUCCUUCAUCGCACCGGCCCCUCACUCACGGAACGGCCCCCUUCUGAGGGCCCCCCGCUUAGGGGUCCUGAACGUGGGCUUUAUCGUCAGAGUCUACCUCCUCUUGCAAAGCUCCGUCACCCCAAUGAUGGUUCUCUUCGACGGCGUGAACCGCGCCGCAAGUCCCUAACCUUCAGCGGUGCACCAAGGAGCCUGAGGGAGAUCCUGAGCGGGGGCCGGAUGCCUGAGGCCGAGGGGAAGCGGAGACUUCUCAUGGGUAACGGUGGGAAUCCCCACCAUGCGCGGCCAGCCUUUGGAACAGCUCCUCCAGGCCUGUGGACCUGUCGCAUGGAAGAUCUGAUCAGACUGGUCAGUCUGCAAAGAGAGACUCUGAAUGUGCUGGAGAAAAAGCUGGAAGCCUAUGAGGCAGAGCUCCAAGCCUGGUCGGAGGGCCGAGGACGAAGAGGAGCUGGAUGCAGUGCGGAUCUUGGCAGAGGGGGAGGGUUAUUAGAGGAGAUCCUCAGGCUGGAGAAACACCUUAGGAAGAAUGAGGUGGAGAUGGAGGAGGAGGAGUUUUGGGCCACUGAGCUGCAGAUUGAGAUCGAGAGCGAGAGACAGCUUGAGGAAAGACUGCAGGAGCUGCGAGGACGGCUGCAGGGCUGCGAGAUGGAAAUAGAAGAAAAGCUUGCCAUGUUAAAGGGGGUAGAAGCAGGACUUGAGGAGGAGAAGCUGCAGAGAGAGCACCAGGAGACCCAGUGGGUCAGUGAGGCAGAGGCCCGGGCUCAGGCCCUCCGGGUCAAGGCUGAGCUAAAGGCCCAAGAGAGACAGGCCAUCCAGCUGGAGAGCAGCUGCAGGGCUGUGGACAGAUCGCUGGGACAGAGCAGUAAGAAACUGCAGGACAUGCAGCAGGAGCUGGAGCAGCUGACCAAGGAGCUGAGGCAGGUGAACUUGCAGCAGUUUAUACAGCAAACCGGAACCAAGGUCACAGUGCUGCCAGCUGAACCGACGGAGGACGAUUGUGCAAGCAGCAGUUCUGGUACGGAUUUGGCAGCACUGACUGGUUCCCUAAAGCGUCCUGUGUCAACCCAGCCUGUGUCCAGCCACCUUCGCGUCCUCGCCAACCCCCUCAGCUCUGGCCUGAACCCAGAGGGGAUCUACGUUUGACCUCCAGAACUGACCCUAGCAGUACAUCUUCGCAGCUUGAACUAUGCAUUAAUCCUUUUUUAACCUAAAGGCAACCGUAAUGUGUGAGGUGUUUAGUUACGGUGAAGAUACAAUCCCAUAAUGGAAAUGAUUGAGCACUUGCUUGAAGAAAACCAGCAGACAGCUCUGGUCAACAAAAACCACUGCAGCCUAUUGACUGGCACCCCCUCCCUUUCUGUCCGUCUCUUAAACAUCUGGCUGUUUUGGGCAUCCCCCAUAAACAUAUCCACAUAUUGUACUUUUCCCUUUACUACCUGCUGAAUGAUUUGUAUUCAUCUUUUUGCCUUUUAGAAAGCGAUCGUGAGAAUCUUUCCCUUUCCAGCAAAACGUCUGACUCUCAUUGAAGUGAAGGAUCCACUUGUCUCUGUAGUCAAACUGUGAACAAUCUCUCCAUGUGCUCUGUUGGUUCAAGUUAAAACUAUGCACAAACUGGUCAUAUUUUUGUUACUGAAUGUUUCUAUGUGUACUUACCAAAAUGAAGGCUUACUGUAGAUGUUUGUACUCUUUAGCUUUAUUCAGUGAAUGCAUUUUAUUUCUAAAGGUGUGCAUUCCUGCAGUAAUAACUGCAUAUAAAAGCAGUGUUAAAUCUCCUUUUUAGAUGUAUUUCUGUUGUUUAAUAACAACAGUGUGUAUAUAUAUAUUUUUUUCUCCGAAUGUAUUUUAUGCUUGUUUAUCUUAUGAACUGUGUGUGGCCAAAGUUUGAGCUUGUUGCAUGACUGUGUUGGCCAUCUUUGAAUGUGCAGAGAGAAUGCUUACACCUGAUUGGUCGACGAUGGCAUCGGUAGUCAUUCGGUGGACAGUUAGAGCUGCAAUGUGAAGUAAGAGUGCAAGUCAGUAAUUAAAGUGGUUCGUCUGCAUGCGUGCACGCGUGGUCACAAGUUUCAAAGCACUUCUUGGAGAGUAGAAAACGAAUGUGUGUGUUUGCAUAUAUGACGGUGAUUCAAGACAUUCGCCUGUGUGUGUGGAGGAAAGCCAAGUUAUGAAGCUUCACUUAGGUUGUAGAUAAGCUGCUAAACGCAUCCAAGUGCCUUAUCCUCAUUCCUUUAAUGGUGUUUCCAGAUACAGCACAGAGUGGUCUUACGGAAGGUGCUGAAGGAAAAGUCAUUAGUAGCUGAGAUUAAAAACAACUUUAGAAAUUAGUGCUGGUAUGCAAUGUGAGAACCAGAAACUACACGGUUUUUUUCAGUCUUUUGUAGAGCUGUCAAAGUAAACAGGAAACAUGUGUACUUUGCUACUGUACAGUUACCAUAAUACUACCAACAAUGAAGUUAAACAUUUUUUUUCCUAUGUUUAGUGUUUUUAAUAUGCAACACGUGUACUGUAAUUUGAAUGAGAACUCUGCAUUGUUGUGGUCACUGUUUACAACUUCAUAUCUUCUAGAGCUCUAAUAAGAUGUCAACUUUGAAUAAAUUGUUUUGUUUUUCCUGCCUUAAUCUACUGCGGAUUGUGGCCAGUUGUGUACGGCUGUAACAGAAUGCAGAUAUGAUAUGAAUUGCAUGGUUCAAUAAACCAUC